UGCCUAAGCGAAAUUAUUUCCGUUUCCUCUUAGCAACAACAGAAUAGAGGAGAGAGUGGUGAAUAAGAACUUGUAGUACUGCAGACAGACAACCAUGUCAGAAGUUGAAGAAACAUUGAAAAGGAUCCAGUCACACAAAGGAGUGAUUGGAACCAUUGUAGUCAAUGCAGAAGGAAUCCCAAUAAGAACAACUCUUGAUAACUCGACAACAGUGCAGUAUGCAGGGCUGCUCCAUCAGCUCACAAUGAAAGCUAGAAGCACAGUAAGAGACAUUGACCCACAAAAUGAUCUGACCUUUCUCCGGAUCAGAUCAAAGAAACAUGAGAUUAUGGUAGCACCAGACAAAGAAUACUUGUUGAUUGUCAUUCAGAACCCCAGUGAAUAGCUUCUUACAUUGGACAUGAUUUUUCUCAAGGAACCACUGACAGUCUGAAACUCCUGUGAGAUUCUGUAACCUUGUAUUUCACAUUCUGCACUGAACACUGUAAUUACCAAUAAUGUGUAUUCUUUACCUGGUGUAUUCAAUGAGACAAAUCUGGCAAUUGUUUUUUUCAUUUACAUAUAAAAAAAAUUCCUAAAUACCAAGAAGGAAGGGCUAGUUAAAAAAAAAAAAAAAAAAAAAAGGAAAAAAAUCAGUUUUUUUGUUUUGUUUUUUUAAACGUAACUGAUAGUUUUUAAACUUAAAAUAGUUUCUCCUUAUUAGUAGGGAUGUUUCGUGCUGAUUAUGAAUAAAAUACCAUAAUAUGUAA